AUGAUCAGCAUUGUUAUUGUUCUAGUCUGCCUUUUGGGACUUCUCACAAAUGGAAAGGUCAUUUGGCUCCUUGGGUUCAGCAUUAAGAGAAAUCCUUUCACAACCUACAUCAUGAAUCUCUCCAUUGCUGAUUUUGGGGUCCUCGCCUGCCUACUUUGCAUUGCUUCUUUUGCAAUUGCAUUGAAUUGGUAUGAGGGAAGCCGGGCUUUCUGUACGUGCUUUAACAUAGCCCUUGAGCUACUUUUCCUCACUUAUUCUUCCAGCCAGUUUCUGUUGGCAAUUAUUAGCAUUGACAGGUGUGUGGCAGUUUUCUUCCCAAUUUGGCAUCGAUGCCACCGGCCCCCAUAUUUAUCUACUGUUGUUUGUGCCAUAAUUUGGAUAGUUUCUUCUCUGCUUUAUGGAGUCCAUUUCAUUUACCACUGCUUUUUCUACAGUGAAAUGAUUCAAUUUGUCAUGCAGUCAAUUGCAGCUGCUCUACUUGCCACCUUUAUCAUGGUCAUUUCCACUCUGACUCUGUUCAUCAAAGUUUGCUGUAAACUGAAGCAACACCAGCGAGGAAAGCUUGUUACAGCUGUUUUGCUCACACUUAUGUUUUUCCUCCUCUUUUGUGUUCCAUUUAAUGUUUCUUAUGCAAUAAGCUUUUUAUCUAUUAUUUAUGACUGGGCUUUUCUUCUGAGGUGGAUUGGUUUUGCCUGUGCUUCUGUGAAUAGUAGCAUCAACCCACUGAUCUAUUUCUUAGUCGGGAGGAGGCAAAAGAAGGGUUGGGCCAAAGUCUCCAUGAAGGUUGCACUUGAGAGGGUUUUCAAGGAUGAGCACGAUGCUGUGGAAGAAGAAACACCUAUGGAAGGAAUCCAUAUAUAA